AUGGCGUCAGAAUCACUCAACUCGUCCCACGAGGACGUCCAUGGGCGCCACCAGCGCCCAGGUGAAAAUAACCCAGAGAGGACCUCGGGAAGUCCACACGCGACUCAGGCUGCCGGUGCGGCUGCGGCGCGCGCAUUUUUCCCGUUGGGAUACCGCGAAGGCUUCAGUCAAUGGUGGGCUCGUAUACCUGCAGCAGCAGCCGAACAUAAAGUGCUCUCUUAUCUGCCUUACUUGCAUCACCAGCCCCCCACCCACCUCCAAACUGGAAAGACGACAGAGCUCCCUAAUGGCACUACCCCGAUCAGUCUCGAGAGUGCAGACCCUAAUCAGCUGGGUGAAGUAACCACCAACUCCCUUGAUGACCCCUACGGCCCUCGCCGAUGGCGCUCAAGCAUGGUAGAACUGAGCGGGAAAGACCGCGCGCUCAAUGAGUUCUCGGUGGAGAGAAUCGGCGAGGAAUCAGACCAACACUUGGUCAUGCUGCACGGCUACGGCGCCGGACUUGGCUUCUUCUAUAAAAAUUUCGAGCCACUGAGUCGGUUGAAAGGCUGGCAACUUCAUGCCCUAGACAUGCUAGGCAUGGGCCGGAGUACUCGACCUUCAUUUAAAAUUAAGGCAAAGGAAAGAGAAGACGCCAUCAGGGAGGCCGAGGCUUGGUUUGUGGAUGCCUUAGAGGAAUGGCGCAUCAAACGCAAGAUUGAUCGCUUCACUUUGCUUGGACACAGCCUCGGCGGGUACAUGGCGGUUGCCUACGCGCUGAAAUACCCCGGUCAUCUGAACAAGCUUAUCCUAGCAUCCCCAGUUGGCAUCCCAGAGGACCCAUACGCUAUCGCUGCAGAUGUUGCCGAGCCUCCGGCAUCCACGUUGUCCAACGAGCUUACUCAAGACGAGCGAGAUAUUACUUCAUCUGCUGCCAUUCCGGGAACAGCACCAAAGGCAGCCGACGGUAGCUUUAUCACUGGGCGCCAACCACUUUCGGCUGGUUCCGUUCCACCUCCAGCCCCGCGACGGAAUCUCCCCAAGUGGUUUUCGUAUUUGUGGGACGCCAAUAUCUCCCCCUUCAGUCUGGUGCGUUGGGCCGGUCCUUUAGGGCCACGUCUCGUGUCCGGAUGGACUUCUCGUCGGUUUUCCCACCUACCAGCCGAGGAAGCUAAGGCACUCCACGACUAUUCAUACUCGAUCUUUAGUCUUCGCGGCAGCGGCGAGUAUGCCCUAGCAUACAUUCUUGCCCCCGGUGCUUUUGCUCGCAGUCCUCUGAUCCACCGUGUCCACGGCCUCGGAAGACAACUGAUUCAUCCAGUUGCUGCCGCUACCACUUCGUCAACGCCCUCUGAUAAAGAACCCGCCCCCACCGCCGCUACUUCAUCGGAAUUCUUGGCGCCCGCUCGGCGCGAGAAUGGUCUCCCCGUCGUAUUCAUGUAUGGUGAUCACGACUGGAUGGAUGUCUCAGGUGGUCAUGCAGCAGCAGCUAAGUUGGAAGAAGAAAAGCGCAAAGUCCUAGAAAAGGCAACCCCAGAGGAGCAGCGUGCCGAUGAAGGUUCCUCAAGGGUAGUCGUCGUGAAUAAAGCUGGCCACCAUUUGUACCUCGAUGGCUGGGAGGAGUUCAACAGUAUCGUGCUGGCCGAGAUGGAAGAGGUCAACCAGAGGGAGAGAAGCCGUCAGUAA